AUGGAAAUUAAUGAUCAAAAUCUUGAAGCACUUGCAACUUAUUUACGCAAAACCUUAUCUCCAAACGGGGAUGAACGUGCAGAAGCUGAAAAAACUUUAAAACAAAUUGAACGAAAUGAAAAUUAUUCAGCAUUAUUAUUAACAUUAUGUGAACGUUCAACAAUUCCAGAUGAAAUUCGACGUGCAUCUGUAAUAACAUUUAAAAAUUUUGUUAAACGUAAUUGGCCAUCACUUGAUGCAUCAUCAUCAACAACAAAUCCAAUAUCAAUACGUGAUAGAAAUUAUAUUAAAGAACAUAUUAUUGAUUUAAUGACACGUUCACCUGAACAUAUACAACAACAAUUAUCAGAUGCAAUAACAGUUAUUGGUAAAUGUGAUUUUCCUGAUCAAUGGCCAACAUUACUUGAUACAAUGGUUCGACAAUUUCAACAACCAUCAACAGGAAAUUCAUUUCAAUCAAUAAAUGGAGUUUUAAAAACAGCACAUUCACUUUUUGAACGAUUUCGAUAUGAACAAAAAUCUGAUGAAUUAUGGUUAGAAAUUAAAUUAGUUCUUGAAAAAUUUGCACCAGCUUUUACAGAUUUAUUUAAAUCAUUAAUGGCUUAUUAUCCACAAAAAGAAUCUGAUACAAUUGAAAUGAAAAAUAUAUUUGAUUCAUUAUAUGUUUGUAUUAAAAUUUUUUAUGAUCUCAAUGCUCAAGAAUUACCAGAGCAUUUCGAAGAUAAUUUAACACUUUAUAUGACACAUUUUAUGACAUUACUUUCUUAUGAUCAUCCAAAUUUACAUUCUACUAGACAUGAUCCUGGAAUAUUAGAUCGAGUUAAAACAGAAAUUUGUCGUGCUGUUGCUCUUUAUGCUGAUAAUUAUAGUGAUGAAUUUAAACCAUUUGCACAACAAUUUGCUUUAGCUAUUUGGUCUUUAUUAACACGAUUAAAUCUUUCACCAUGUUUUGAUGAUCUUGUGGGUACAGCAAUGCGAUUUUUAUCAACAUUAGCUGCACGAAGUCAUCAUUGUAGUAUGUUUGAAGGUGGUGAUACAUUAAAAAUUGUAUGUGAACAAGUUAUUCUACCGAAUUUAUUUCUUCGAGAAUCAGAUGUAGAAGAAUUUGAAGAUAAUCCAGAAGAAUAUAUUCGAAAAGAUAUUGAAAAAUCUGAUUCAGCAACACGUCGACGAGCUGCUUGUGAUUUUCUUCAAGCACUUUGUAUUUUUUUUGAAUCACAAGUUAUUGCUUUAUAUAGUCAAUAUAUUGAAGCAAUGCAAAAGGAAUAUUUACAAAAUCCAACACAAAAUUGGUCUAAAAAAGAUACAUGUAUUUUUCUUGUCUUAGCACUUGCUUCAAAAGGAGAAACACAAAAAUUGGGUAUUACAAAAACAAGUUCAUUUAUUAGUAUUCCAGUUUUUUAUGCUAAUAGUAUUCUACCAGAACUUCAAAAUCUAGAUGUCAAUAGUCUUCCUUUAAUAAAAGCUGAUUGUUUAAAAUUUUUAAUUUAUGUACGAAAUCAACUUGAUCGUGAUGCUUUAGUUAAAUCUUUACCUGAAUGUGCAAGAUAUUUAUCAUCACAUAAUAUUGUUGUACAAACAUAUGCUGCACAUGCUAUGGAACGUUUAUUACUUGUUCGACAUCCUGCUGAUCAAAAACAUACAGCAAUAACAAAGAAUGAUUUAAUUCCAUAUGCACAAUCAAUGUAUGAUAAAUUAUUUCAAAUAUUAACAUCAGAUAAAUCAUAUGAAAAUGAAUAUGUUAUGCGAGCUGUUAUGAGAUUUUCAUCAUCACUUCAUGAAGGAGUUUUACCUUAUUUAAAUCAAUUAAUGGACAAAUUAGUUCUCAUUUUACGACGAUCAAGUCGAAAUCCAAAUAAACCAAAUUUCAAUCAUUAUCUAUUCGAAACAAUAACUGUAUUAAUUCGUACAAGUGUAACACAAAAUCUUGCUGUACUUAGUCAAUUCGAACAAGUUCUUUUUCCAGUAUUUACACCAAUAUUUGCUGAAGAUAUUGCUGAAUUCGUUCCAUAUGCAUUACAAAUUCUUGGAUUUCUAUUAGAAUCUCAUCCAUCAGGGUCAACACCAUUACCUGAAGCUUAUCGAAUAUUAUUUCAAUCGAUACUUAUACCAGCAUUUUGGGAUCGUAGUGGAAAUAUUCCAGCAUUAUCAAGACUUUUACAAGCUUAUAUUGAUAAAGCUGGUGAUACAAUUGUUCUUGAAAAAAUAACAAUUGUUCUUGGUAUAUUUCAACGUCUUGUUUCACAAUCAAAAGUUCAUGAUCAUGAAGGAUUUGCUAUAUUAAAUUCCUUAGUUGUUCAUUUAUCACGAUUACAUUUAGAAAAUUAUUUUAAAGAUAUAUUUCUUGUUAUAUUUACACGUUUAACUAAAGCUAAAACACAAAAAUUAAUUAAAUGUAUUAUUAUUUUCUUUUGUUAUUUUAUUGUUAAAUAUGGUGCACAAGAACUUAUAACACAAGUUGAUAAUAUUCAAGCAAAUAUGUUUCAAAUGGUAAUUGAACGUUUAUUUUUACCUGAAUUAUCAAAAAUAGAUGAAAAUGAUAAAAAAUUAUGUGCAAUUGGUGUAACACAUUUAUUAUGUGAUCCAAUACCAAUGAUAAGUGGAAUUUAUUUUGCACAUUUAUGGUUACCAUUAUUACAAUCUUUACUUCAAUUAUUUGAAUCAAGUAAUGAAUUACAAACAAUGUCAGCAGCUGAGAAAAAAAAACAAGCACAAGAAGAAGCUGAUGAAGAAUUACUUGUUGGAUUAGAUGAUACACCAGACUAUACACCAGCAUUUUCAUGUUUGGCUUUUGCAAAGAAACCUCAUACAGAUAUAUUUAGCACAAGUAUACCUGAUGCUCGAUGUCAUCUAGCGAAAUGUUUACAUGCAUUAACAGCUGCACAUCCGAAUCAAUUUCUUAAUCUAAUGAAAAGUGAUGAAAUAAUGGCUCAACGUGCUUCAUCACAUACAAGUCUUAAUUCAUUGAAAGAUUCUAAGUUAAACACAUCGUAUCAAUCAAAAAAUUCAGCAUUAGGUCGCCGACGACAUCAUGGACUUGUUAGUAAAAUUGGAACAAGUUUUCGGUCAAUAUUUCGACGAUUUUCACGUCCAUCAAAAACAUUAAGCGAAAUGGAACUACAAGUAUUAUUAUCAAUAACAAAUUUUACUCGUGAAGAUAUUUUAAAAUGGCAUGAAAAAUUUUUAGCUGAUUGUCCACAUGGUUAUAUGACUCGAAAAGAUUUUAUAUCAAUGUAUAAAUCAUUAAAUCCAAAUGGUGAUGUUGAACGUUUUGCUGGUCAUAUAUUUCGUGCAUUUGAUAUUGAUAAAUCAAAUACAAUUGAUUUUCAUGAAUUUCUUAUUGGUUUAUCAAUGACUUCAACAACAAGUUCACCAGAAACUAAACUUGAAUGGAUAUUUCAAGUAUUUGAUAUUGAUGGAAAUGGUUUAUUAACACGAAAUGAAUGUUUAGAAGUUAUUGAUAUUAUUGUACGAUUUAAUUAUAUACAAUCAACUGGUGAACAAAAUAAUUCGGAAAUCGAACAAUUAGUUAAUUCAGCUAAACGUAGUAUGAUGAGAAUAUUUGAUGAUAUAUCUGGUGAUCGAUGUAAUACAUUAACAAUGGCACAAUUUGUUGAAGGAUGUCAAAAAGAUGCAUUUAUUUCACAAUUAUUAGCACCAAAUUCAGGAACUGGAAAUGGAAUGACAACUACAUCAAAUACAUAA